CCAUUUUUUGAAGCCAGCGAGAAAAAUCAUCAGACUGAUGAAAGUUCCAACCUGGCAUUCAUCCGUGUUUUGAGAGCGAGUGCAGGAAUCAGGAAAAUUUCUGUGCAAAAUUUGGAAUUUUUCGGAAAUUCCGUUCGAAUUACGGUAUCCGCGACGUGUAUUCCCGUGCGUUCGAGUGUGUUUGUCCUUUCGCAGGUGGAUUCAAGUGCCGUUUCCGUGUUUUGUGCAUUGUAACCAGCAUUUGUGUUUGCUUCUGGUUUGGGGUUUUCUGCCGAUCAUCGUCAUUAUCCUGCAGUUUUGCCUUGCGGAAAUGUAAUUUCUAUCGUUGGAAAAGUAAUGGUGCAAAAUUAGCAUAAGAGUGUGUUUUCCAACGUCACAUAAGAGAGGAAAAAAAUGGAUAAAAAGCCUUCAAAGAGCCACGAAGUGAUUCGACGUAGAGCUGGUGUGUGUUGGUGAAUGGCGAGGUGUUUGAAGUUGUGAAACGAGACAAUCCACCUGAGUUGUAGGAAGCGAGGAGCGAGGAAGCGGAGCUGCCGUCCGUCACCUGAGAAGCGGUGGUAGACUGUGCGGUGGUAGUAGGAGGAAAAUAUAUCGACAUGCCAUUUACGAAAUCACGCAAAUUGUAGACUGCGAAUUGUGGUUCAAUCAUCACCGUGAUCCGGAACAAGUGCUAUAUACUGUCGGACAGAGGUUGACUUUUUGACCCGGUCAAAGGUCAAGUGAUACCAAGUGGAUGAAAAAAUAUCAUCGCAAAGGAGGUAAAGGGGACAUCCGGAUUGCUACGACUGAUCCUGCCAUCGGUGCAGAUUAGAAGAAGCAGAAAGGAUGGAUCAAAACGAUCGAAACACUCAUCGACAGGUGUUGUAUGAGUGGAACAAGCCAGCUGUUGAACCCAUUCACACGAGCGCAUACUUCAACCAUCUGGGAGAAGCCAACUGUACUUCAAGUGCAAGUGCAGGCGAUCAAAAUGGAAGAAGUGUAAUCAAUCCAUACCAUCAAAUCAUCGACAGCAAGGAGACUAGUGCAAGGCCAGCUACAGCUGUAUUUCAGGCAAAACAGUAUCAGUAUCAAGCAGAGAAAAUGGCAGAGCCAUUUUCAGCCUCAACUGCAUUUACCAACAAUAACAACAACGAUGGCUGGGGAGACGACUGGGGUGAUUGGGGGGAGAACACCAAUACGUUUACUCAGCGAAAACCGGCACCUCCGCAACAACAUCAACAUCAAGUCGUGCCGCCCAAAUCGAGCAUGAACACCAAUACCACCCAGUACUUCCAUACCCAGCAACAACACCAGCAGCAAUAUCCCCCACAACAAAUGCAUUUGGAUCAAAACAAUCAAAACUUCAUGCCCAACCCAGUCCCAACUGCUGGUCAUCAACAACAGGUGCAUUCGAAUUGUUCCGCACCUAUGGCCACAAUUCAACAGCAACAACAACCAUUUCAACCGAUAUACCAACAUCAUCCCUAUCCUCAACAACAACCACAGUACACGCAACCUCCUGCCCCGACGAGCUACUUCAACCAGGCACCACAAAGACCUCCAUCACAUCCUCCAGCUUCGGUGACUCCACAACUUUCUCAACAUUCGGUUCCCACGUUUAACCAAUCCAUCUCCGAUAGUUUUACCUCAAACUCCAAUGAUAACUGGAACUGGAACGUUUCGGAUAACCAACCAACCAUAAGUCCCAAACCACAACACGUAGAAGCUCAACCCCCACAAAGCAACGCAUUUCAGGACACCUACCAUCAACAGCAGAGUUAUGCUCAACAAAAUGCUGCUCCCCAAAAUACUUUCAGUUUACCUGGUGCCGCAAAUAAUACUCAGUUGCCGCCACAGGCUAAGGUACAGCCAGCGCAGCUAACCCGGCUCAAAAAUGAAACCCUCUCACCGCAGUGGUCCAUCGAGAGCCAAGUCUCGCAAACUUCCAGUGAUCGUUCCAUCGAGAGUGGCGAGAUCGGCGAAAGCAGAAGUUCCAACACCGGUCCGUCGGAUGAUGGUUCAUCCGGAAUACAUCCAACCAAACAUCAUGUGGAGAAUUACGAGAAUAUAGGUGGAUAUGAACAGAGUUAUCCGAUGCAUGCUGAAGUUCCGGACAAGUUGGAUGUGGCCUUGAACUCGUUGAGUAUCAAGCAGGAGUCCCCAUCGGAUGCAGAUGAUAAACGACAUGGAAACUUCAGGGAGUCUUCAUUCCCUCCACCUCCUCCUUCGAUCGCAAGCAGUCAACAGGUUGAUGGCGUUUCGCAGCCUCCAAAGUCUACGUCCAAGACGCCACCGCUACCCCCACCUCCUGUAGAUGUUGAGCAAAAAUCUACAUCUGAGGCUCAAUCUGUUCCGCUAGGUCCUCCACCAACUCAGGGACCUCCACCAACACAAGGCCCUCCACCAAGCCAAGGUCCACCUCCAUCACAAGGACCUCCAUCCGUCCAAGGACCUCCACCCGUUCAAGGACCUCCGAAAGGAUCGGCCAACCCGUUCAAGCGCACCUCACAACGAGCCCACAUUGCAACUCCCGGAUUAGGAGUCACCCAACCACCUGUCCCAAAUCCAACCUUCUUCUACCAACCGCAAGAGCUCCCGAACGUGGAAAACCUUACCCCGGAAAACCAGGAAAUCCCCGAUGCCCGUUUGGAAAACGUCGAAAACCUCGAAAUUGCUCCGAGCAACGAUCGUAACCAAUACCUACAGACUGGACAUCUAUCGGAAGAUAGCUACGGAACAUCGCAUCGUGCUGCGUCGCUCGAUCAGCAACAAGCUGAUGACAGUCUCCCACCACCUGGACUUUCGCGCUACGUCCCCGGCCAACAGCAAUCGGAAAACAAUCAACAACCACCCUCCCAUAACUAUCCCGAACCGCCACCUGGUUUGGAUCGCAUGAUCCCGGGAACCGACUUAGAAAAUGCAACCGAUUUCAACAUGGAACGCCAAGCCGACGGCGAGGUGUCCGAUUCCGCAUCGAACCCCAAUCCGCGACCAGCUUAUUCCGCGGUUCCACCCACACAACCGGAUCACCAUCACCGGGAAGAGGAAAUCAGCGAUCGGAAUCUCUACCUAGUCCCAGGCGAGAGCGAUACCCACCACAACCAGCAGCGGGUGAUCCCCGGAGUCGAGGACGAUCGACCGCCACAAAGCACCAGCGCCGGCAGUUAUCCGACACAACAUCCCCUGGACAUUCCCAUCAACGAACAGCAGCGAGAAUUGGUUAUGGAUGGUGAAAACCCGCAUGAUCCACCGUCGCAACCGAUUCCCGUCGAAAUUAGUCGCGAGGAACCAAUCGAAGGUGGUAACACGGAUGAUGAGAACCUGACAGUGACUGCCGGUCAUCCGACAACCACAACAGCUGUCAGCAUCGCAGAACCCGAAUCAAACCCGUCCAUGGAAACGCCCCGGAAGGAUCCAUCCAACACUUCCACGGCGGACGAAAGCGACAAGGAUCGAUCGAUGUUCUACGGAAAGGGUAAACCACCGGCAAGGAGGGACGAAGACCCGCUGCGCCGGUCGAACAAGAGCAAGAGUUCUAGGGAUCGCUACGAUACGGAGGAUUCGGAUUACAGCGAUCGCGAUCGAAGAAGGAGAGAGCGGGAAGGUAGCAACGGCGUGGAUCAUCGAGACCGGAGACGAGGCGAUCGGGAGAAAGAGAAAGACCGACGGAAGGAUGGCGGGAGGGACCGGGAUCGUGAUCGCGAUCGUGACAGGGAUCGCGAUUACGACUACCGCGAUAAGGAGCGGAACAGAUACGACCGCGAUCGGGAUCGCUACGGUAGAGGCAGCAAGUAUGAUCGCGACAGUCGUUACGAAACCGACGGAUCAAAGUACGAAACCGAACGAUCGACACGAUAUGACAAGGAAGGCGAUGGCAGCAAGCGGUACAUGUCCCGUGAGGAGUACUACCGCAAACGCGACGAACGGGAGCGAGGGGGAGGAGCUGGUGGUAGUGGUGCAGGUGGCGGUGAAGAUCGCCGCUAUCGCAAGGAGAAAGAACGCGACCGAGGUGAUCGCUAUCGAGAUGAACGAAGAAAAGAUGACCGUUACCGCGAUGGACCGAGCGACAAGCGUCGCGAUCGUCACGAUCGGCGCUACGAUUACGAGGAUUACCGUGGCGGAAGCCGAAAUGGUAAUGAACGGGAUCGCGAUCGUGAUCGUGUUCGAGAAAGCCGGGAACGGGAUGACCGCAAAGAACGAGACCGAAAGUAUCCAUCGUCCAACUAUGGUGGAGCCCAGUAUGGCGCUGCAUCCGGAUAUUACGAUCCGUACAGUUACUACACCCAGCAUCAGCAGUACUACGAACAGUUGCGACGUACUAAUCCUCAGGCGUAUGCCGAAUGGUAUCGCACGUACUACAGCCAAAUGCAGGCCGCUCAGAUGCAGCGGGAUCUGCUGACAAGUGAUGGUCGCGAAUCGGUGCAUUCGGGGCGCAGCUCGGCCAACGAUAAAGAACGGUUUAAUCGCACGACACCGUUUCUCCAUCAGCCCGGCAUGUAUAAUCCGGAAGACUAUCAUCGUCAUUUUAAUAAUCAAUCGCAACCAUCCGCCAUGCUCGACCAGAGCUUCCUCAGUGAAGUGUCCGGUCAGCCGACGUCACUGCCAAUGUACCACCAUCAGCAAGCGAUGGCCACAUUCCAACAGCAACAGCAGCAACAACAGCAACGGGCCACUCCUCUGGUCAUGGAUAGAUCGUACCACACUGAUAGUGGAUAUUACCAGCCAAGGUUGGACAAUACCGAUGGAUCGCUGCGUCAGGAACCGAGUACCAUGGCAAUGAUGGAACCGGAACGACUAACUCCACGUAAAUUCCCGGAAAUACAUCCGAUCGUGAGCGUAUCUUGCGGGUUGUUGGUGACAGCGAAAAAUCGUCUGACCAUUAACGGCACCACCGACUUGGUGAAGAUUUGGAGUUUAGGAACCAACGAACCAACGCGGAAACUGUUCCAGUCCUAUCCUGGUCCCUUGGUCAAGGACAAGACUCACAAAAAGUCGGUAAUCGAGUUCUGCGAAGAGCAACUUCGGAACGGUCCCAUGCCCGGACUUGGGCAAGCCGUUAUGAAGUCACGUGGCAAUUCGCUCAACAGCCUACACUCGUUGAGCUCGAAUGUCAACCGUGGUUCCUACACGCUCCUGUGGAAUUACAUCAUUCUACUGCUGAGACAAAAUGGGACCUUCGUGGGAACCGAUAUUUCCGAGCUCUUGAUGCAAAACAAGGUGGAAUUUCCUUUCGAUUCGCACCAGGCGAGCGUUCGGUCAGCAAAUGUGAGCGGACGUAAUUCUUCGCUAUCGAACGUGGAUCGUACCGCACGGGAACACCACGGAGAUGGUCAUGGAGAUGAAGACACCGCUGAGCAGUCAGAAAAUGCAGAUGCAUCCGUUGAACCCGAACAGCAUUCGGUUGAGGUAAAGACGGAACAGCUUAGUGAAUUGGAGAUCACCGACAAGUUUAGGAAUUACCUUAUCUACGGAAACAUAAGCGAUGCACUGGAAUGGGCUACGGAGAACAACCUCUGGGGACACGCAUUGUUUUUGGCGUCGAAAGUUGACUCACGGCAGCAUGCCAACGUGAUGAUGAAGUUUGCCAACAAGCUGACUUUGAACGACCCGUUGCAAACGCUGUAUCAGUUGCUCAGUGGACGCACUCCUUCGGCUGUGACUUGCGUGCUGGAUGAAAAGUGGGGCGAUUGGCGGCCACAUUUGGCCAUGCUAAUGUCCAACAGCUCCGCCAAACCGGAACUGAUCAAAAAGUCGAUAACUACGCUGGGUGAUUCGCUAUACAAUCGCGGUGAUUUGUAUGCGGCUCACUUCUGCUAUUUGCUGUCGGAUGUCAGCUUCGGAAAGUUCUCCGACGUAAAACCGGAAUGUGGUUCCACCAUGAACGCAAACACGGUAGUGAGGUUAAUCUUGCUUGGCUCCACUCAUCUGCAGCGCAGUUUCAAGGAGUUCUGUACGAAUGAAGCUAUAAUGAUGACCGAGAUCUACGAGUAUGCCCGUUCGUUGAACGAAGACCGGUACUCCAUCACAGAGCUACAGUUCUACAAGUAUCUAUUGGCAUGCCGUAUGCUGGACCAUGGUAUGCAACUUAAAUGCUUGCUGUACAUGGAACAAAUCGCCGAGCAGAUACAGCAGGAUCCUUAUCGAUUCGAUUCUGAAUUCAUCAAAAAGGUUUAUACACUUGGUGAUCGUCUGAAAUUUUACGAUCCAGUGUUGGAGAAGGCAUUGGACGAAUCCGUGGAUAACAACGGCCAAGGAAACAUCUACACAAACGUCGAAGACCCGGCUUGGAUACAGCGGUUAAGUGCAAUAUUAGCAAACUAUAAUGUUGCCAGUGCUUCCAACUAUGUUACCGAAACAUCAUACGAAGGGAUUGCCGAUUACAGUAACUACAAUAACUAUUCCGAAUACAGUGGCGGUGAUCAAUCGACCCAACAGCAAUCGCAAUCUGAUAAUCAGCAACCGGAGUCAGCUGUAAGCAUGGACUCAACCGAAAUUAACAAAGAAUUCACUGAAAUCAAUCAACAGCUUGGUCGUUUGAACCUGCAGUACGUGGAAGGUUACGAUCCGAAUCAACAACAGCAAACGCCCACGCAUCAAUACGACCAUCAGAUGGCAGCACCGAGCUAUGAUCAAGGAUACGAUUCGAUCAACCAAUCAUCCUUACAGGAUGAGUCUCACUUGCAGCAGCAACAACAGCAACAGCAGCAACAAGCACCUCAAGAUCAACACCAGCAACAACACCCGUCGUACCCUUAUUCCUAUGACGCCUCUUCCGGUCAACCCAGCAUGUUCACUCCCGCACCAGUGGCUGGCAACGAAAUUCAACAGCCAAGCCCCUACGACUAUUGGAACCCCAAUGCCGAGCCGGGUUCGAAACGAGUCGCGUCCGCGUCCACUAGACAGCAGCAGGGUGCAUCCCCUGCGCGCUCGGGUUUAACCACCACCGCCGAAACCAUACCCGAGUACGAAGAAAGAUCGCUAGAUACACCCUACUCCUCGUCACCAGUACCGCCCGGACGAAACGACGGUUCGCACCCAGCUGCGCCAUCGUCGACUUCUUCUCAACCGCCGCCGCCGCAACCACCAUCUACUGCUACAUCUAGUAGAGACUACGACGGCGGUUUGGCUGCGGGGGGCGGUGCUGGUCUCAACUACAUGCCAAAACCAUCGAUUUCGAUGCCCAAUGCGGUAUCCAAUCGACCGGGAUUCGACGAGGACAACGCUAGCGCUAACGCUUCGCCGCAACACCAGGCACACCAGCAGCAGCAGUCACAGAAUAAGAACGAUUCGUCGUCUAAAGCGGCCAAUGAAUCCGCCAAGAAGGCUGCCCCAUCGAAGGAUACCAAAGCGGGUGGCAAUGCUCAAAGCUCUGGCUGGUUUUCGUGGUUCAAAUUGAAACCUAAAAAUCAAAUGAUUCUGCCUGACGAUAAAAAUCCAACCAUCGUGUGGGACCCAGAUAAGAAACGUUGGGUUAAUACGGAAGGCGAUGAUAUCGGCGAGGAAGCGUUUAAGCCUCCUCCAAAAAUGGCCGACCUAAUGCCGGCUCCAGCUGCUCCUCCGCAGAUGCCAGCUGCACCUGUAGCAGCACAUAUACCAUCGGUACAACCACCGGCUGCGACUGGUUAUCCGUCGGAGCAAAUCCCAACUGGUGGAAACUAUGGACCGGCACCUUCACUGAAUGCUGGUCCUAGCCAAACACCAAUUCCUCAGGCGACGCAACCAACUGUAUCGAACAAUUUGGGUGGCCCGGUGCCAACGGCAGCGGCUCCAGCAGGACCAACCAAGGUCCCAACGCUGCAAUCCAACAUGUUCAAAAUGCAGCGAAAUCGAACGUUGAAAAAUUCCUACGUUGACGUGUUUAACCCGUCCGGUGCGGCACCGAGUCGACCGGCGGAAACGAUAUUGGCACCAGCCGUUCCGGCAAUGGCUACACCGCAGGGCGGUUUCUUCAUUCCUGGAGCGGCUCCGGUCGGUGGGCAACCAAACGACAGUGCAGCGGAGGGAAUGCCUCACUUCUUCAACCCCAACCAGUUCCCCGGCGGAUAUCAGCAACAGUGAGAAGACCGCACGUGUUCCGUGCGGUGCCAGGAACUACUAGUGAAAUCAAACAACUACCUAAACUAUAAACUACCCAAGAGACUGCCGACAGUAAGUGGCAACAAUACUAUAUAGUAAAAUACAAACAAACAAAAGAAAAAUACCGUUAAAACUAUUAAAGUCAACGCGUGCAAGUCAGUGAAACCUGUAAAGAAGGGAGUGAUUAGAUCAAGCCUAAUAGUAGGGGAGGGAGCGUAAUAGAGAGAUAAUAUCGCUUUUUCAGUAGUAGGACGAAGAAAAGCAUGGUUCGAAACCAUGAUAUCUAGACGACAACUCAAGCUUCGAUUUGUGUCGUGUAUUCGUGUUUGGCCUUAGUUUUGUGUGUUUAUUUUUAUGUCGGGACAAACGAUUGAAAUUAGUCAAAAUUAUUACGUGUGGAACUUCUGUCCCGUUUUUUUUUUGUAUAUGUUUCUUCCAUAGUGUAUAUCAGUUGUCAGUUUUCUAUAAGAAGCUGUAUUAAUAAAUGUGUACAGAUAUUAUCGAUGCUGCUUAUUUUUAUCGAUAACAA